AUGGCGGAGGGCGGCGGCCCCGACGGGCGGGCCGGGCCCGGGCCCGCAGGUCCUAAUCUGAAGGAGUGGCUGAGAGAGCAGUUUUGUGACCACCCGCUGGAGCACUGUGAGGACACGAGGCUCCAUGACGCCGCCUACGUGGGGGACCUCCAGACCCUCAGGAGCCUGUUGCAGGAGGAGAGCUACCGCAGCCGCAUCAACGAGAAGUCCGUCUGGUGCUGUGGCUGGCUUCCCUGCACACCGCUGCGCAUCGCGGCCACUGCUGGCCAUGGGAACUGUGUGGACUUCCUCAUCCGGAAGGGGGCCGAGGUGGACCUCGUGGAUGUGAAGGGACAGACGGCCCUAUAUGUGGCUGUGGUGAAUGGACACCUGGAGAGUGCCCAGAUCCUGCUUGAAGCCGGGGCUGACCCCAAUGGAAGCCGGCACCAUCGCAGCACCCCGGUCUACCACGCCUCUCGCGUGGGCAGGGCCGACAUACUGCAGGCCCUCAUCAGGUACGGGGCCGACGUCGACAUCAACCACCACAUUCUUCCUGACAUCCGGCCGCCCUUUUCCCGGCGCCUCACCUCCUUGGUUGUCUGCCCUUUGUAUAUCAGUGCAGCCUACCACAACCUCCAGUGCUUCAAGCUUCUGCUCCAGGCAGGGGCGAACCCUGACUUCAACUGCAACGGGCCUGUCAACACGCAGGGUUUCUGCAGGGGCUCCCCCGGGUGCGUCAUGGAUGCCGUCCUGCGUCACGGCUGCGAGGCGGCCUUUGUGAGUCUGCUCGUGGAGUUUGGAGCCAACCUGAACCUGGUGAAGUGGGAGUCCCUGGGCCCAGAGUCCAGGGGCAGAAGGAAGGUGGACCCCGAGGCCCUGCAGCUCUUUAAAGAGGCAAGAAGUGUCCCCAGGGCUUUGCUGAAUCUGUGCCGUGUGGCCGUGAGAAGAGCUCUUGGCAAAUACCGACUCCAUCUGAUUCCCUCGCUGCCGCUGCCAGACCCCAUAAAAAGGUUCCUGCUGUACGAGUAA